UUCCCCCACCCCCAUUCACCAAACUUUUUAGAAGGGGGAGCAGAGCUGCUCCCCUUUUUCCUGUUCAAGACAUGCCUCCCCAGGAGCUGCUGGAUUAUUCACCCGCCCUGCGAAGAAACAGCACCCCGAGGGGCAGUGGCCCACAGCUGGGCAUCAAAUGUGUCCUGGUAGGUGACGGGGCUGUGGGCAAGACCAGCCUGAUCAUUAGCUACACAACAAAUGGAUACCCUGAUGAGUACCAGCCCACCGCCCUGGACACCUUCUCAGUGCAGGUUCUGGUGGAUGGAGCCCCGGUUCGGAUCCAGCUCUGGGACACAGCUGGACAGGAGGACUUUGAUUGCCUCCGAUCACUUUGUUACCCUGAUACUGAUGUCUUCCUUGUCUGCUUCAGUGUGGUGAACCCCAGCUCCUUCCAAAACAUUACUGAGAAAUGGAUCCCUGAGAUACGGAUUCACAACCCCCAGGCACCAGUGCUCCUGGUGGGGACGCAGGCUGACCUGCGGGAUGAUGUCAAUGUUCUCAUCAACCUGGACCGCUACCAUGGGAGGCCUGUGCCCAAGCUUCAGGCUGAAGGCCUGGCGGAGAAAAUCCGGGCACAGACCUACAUGGAGUGCUCAGCACUGACCCAAAAGAACCUGAAAGAAGUCUUUGACACAGCCAUUGUCAGUGCAGUGGAGCACAAAGCCCAGCAGGAAAAGAAGAUGACAGCCAAAGGGAUCAAAACCCUCUCCAAGUGCCGUUGGAAGAAGUUCUUCUGCUUUGUCUGAAGCUGGUUUGGAAAAUCACCUCAUGCCAGUGCUGAUCCCACACCUUCUUGGAGAGCCAUGUGACUGCACCUAUGGCAUCAGCGAGGAGGAUGCUGUGAGCUGUUGAGGCUUGGAGUCCUGGCACUUGCUGGGUUAUGGUCACAGGUCUGGGAGACAUGAAAUGGACUUCAAUUGCACCAGGUUACCAAAUGGUCCUCUAGCUUUAAGCAUCUGGUAGACGUGCCUGUGGUGUCCCAGAUCAAUGGGAGCCUUUAAUACACCCAGACUUGGUCCUAAAGAACAAGCAGGUUCACUGUGCCCGGUAUGACCAGUUUCAUUUCUGAAACCCAACUAAAACUUCCAAAAUCCUAUCCUAGCAUAAUCUAACUCUGGUGUAAACCUUAAGAUGGAUUCUGGAAUGCUGGCUCUAGUUUGGCCAUUCUAAAGUCUUGGUUGAGAAGAGGGAGGGGGUGUUUAAGGGAGACUACCAUGUUGUCUGACAGGGGCUGGUCAGUUUAAAAAAGUAGGACUUAGAUGCUUCCCCUGUAAAUCACUCUGAUCACUAAAGGAGGGGAGGGGGGAACAAUGUCAUCAAGAUGUGAUAGAGCAGUGCUCUUGGGUUUGUAAAGAUACCUUACCAUGUGGGAAAGGGCUUACCCAUGAGGCAUAUCCUGGAAAGAGACCAGUGGCUGUCUGAGGGAAAUCAUACUACAAGCUGCAGUCAUCCUUGAAGCAAAACAUUCCCUAAAGAGGGCUCCAUGGUACAGAGGGUUACUAUGCUACAGCCACAUGCUCAGAAGUGAUCACUCCUUUUGGGUGCCCACCUUGAGACACCUUUGUGCCUGAUGUUCAGAGGUGGUGAGGAGUGGGACCGCUGGGCCUCAGCACCUCUGGACAUCAGGCACAAAGGCAACGCUGGGAUAGUGAGGGAUUUAUAAUGCAACAGGGAAGUGCAGUGGUGUUGAGGGAGAGAAGGAAAAGCAUGUAAUGAAAGGAAGAGAGAGAUGCAGAGUGAAGCCAAGAAGG